AUGACUCACAUUUCUCAACCCGUAGUGAUUGAAGUUCCCGAGUCUUUUGAAAAAAUGGACGACAUUGAUCAUUUAAUGAUUAUGAUUGCUGAUAUGUUGGGAUGCGUAAUUAUUCAUAAUGACAGGAUUCGUUUAACACCGGCAGAUCUAACAAGAUUUCAUUCUAGAGCAUCACCUUCAAUCUCAGUGAUAGAUUAUUUACGUAGAAUAGUAAAGUACACUGCGACAGAAAAGGCAUGUCUUCUAAUACUACUAAUAUACAUUGACAGAGUAUGUGAACCAUUAUGCGACUCAUAUUGUACCAAUUCAUAUUAUGCCAAGGUUGGUGGGAUAUCUACACAAGAGUUGAACACUUUGGAAUUUGAGUUUUUGAAAUUGAUUGAUUGGCAUUUGAUAUGUACUGGAGGAGGAUAA